AUGGCCUAUGGAAGUAGGCUCAUUCUGUUCUUAUUGAUCUUUAUAACGUUUUUUGUUUUUUCUGAAGCAAAGCUGCAUAAACGUGCAGAGAGGUAUGGCGUCAAAGAUAUUCGAAAUAGAUAUGGAGGCGACUUAAGUGCAGCUAUUUUGGAUAUUAUACAAGGAAUUCCCUUGGAGAAGAUCACUGUUGGUUUUGACAGUCGGGCAGUAUGAAUUUUCUAAAUUUUGAAAGCUCUCGACAUCAAUUUUCAGACUCGAACUUUGUACAAUAUUUAAGUCGGCAGCUUCAAAGGAACAAUGUUACUG